AUUUGAGAAAUGCACGUCGAGAGAGGCAGACGUGGUGACAGCAGCAGCAGCAGCAGCAGCAGCAGCAGCAGCAGCAGCAGCAGCAGCAGCAGCAGCAGCAGAACGCCCUCUAGCCAGUGUGUUAGCAGUGAGAAUACGAAUGGCGGGACAACUCCAUCCACAAAACUGCUUUCCGAACUCGGUCAUGCCGUUCGGACUCACCAACGCAACGGCAACAUUCCAAGCCGAAAGGCACCACAUUCUACGCCCACUCUUGGACGAAUGCGUGGUGGUGUACCUGGCGACACCCUCGUCUACUCGCGCGACAUGCAACAACACGUCAAACACUUACGUUGCGUCUUCGAGAUUCUUCGACGAGAACGCUUCUACGUCAAAGUAUCCAAGAGCGACUUCGCCCUCGAGAAAGUCCAAUUUCUCGGACAUAUCGUAAGCGCUCAAGGAGUUCACGUUGACCCCAAGAAAAUCGAAGCUGUGCGUACGUGGAAGACACCCGAGAAUGUGAAGGAGUUACAUCAGUUCCUUGGCUUCGCUAACUACUACAACAGGUUCGUACCGCAAUACGCGAAGAUCGCCGCGCCACUCAGGAAUCUGCUAAAAAAGAACACACCCUAUAAAUGGGAGCCGAAGCACCAGGAAGCCGUGGAGCAGCUGAAGCAAGCACUCACGUCCGCACCAGUACUCAUCUUGCCAGACCCCGAAUGCGACUACGUCAUCGAAGCUGACGCCAGCGACCAGGCAGUGGGAGCAGUCUUCAUGCAAGACCAGGGGAAUGGACUGCAACCAAUUGCCUAUCUCAGCAAGAAACUACACGGGGCAGAACUCAACUACCCGAUACAUGACAAGGAGGCCCUGGCUAUCAUCAUCACCUUCAAAAUGUGGAGAUGCUAUCUCGAAGGACACAAGACGACAGUCUACACUGACCAUUGCAGCCUAAAAUAUUUGAAGAGGCAACCAAGCCUCUCUAGGCGACAGGUUCGGUGGAUCAACUUCCUCGAGACGCACUUCCACUACGACCUCGUGUACAAGCCUGGCCAUAAAAAAACGACAUCUGCUACACCAUGGCAAGUGGUCAGCCUAGACUUCAUCACCGGGCUACCAACUAGCACAAGCGGUCAUGACGCGAUCCUCGUCGUCAUUGACAAGUUCUUCAAAAUGGGACACUUCAUCCCGACACACACGACAGCACGCACCAAGGAGAUGGCACAACUCUUUGUUCGCUACAUCAUCUCACAACAUGGCAUUCCAACCACACUCAUCUCCGGCCGAGACCCUAAGUUCACCAGUAAAUUUUGGAAAGAACUAAUGUCUUUACUCGGAACAAGACUCGCCAUGUCAUCCGCCUACCAUCCGCAGACAGAUGGACAGACUGAGCGCCUCAACCAGAUUGUGGAGCAACUCCUCCGCGCAGCCUGCAAGGACGAAAUCUCCAAAUGGGAUUUGCAUUUGUCCGUCCUGGAGUUUGCUUACAACAAUACUACUCACGCCGCUACUGGACAAUGACCUGGUCUUCACUCUCACUUUCAC